UUGUGGUGGUGAGGAGGCGGUGGCAGCGGAGAGCGGCCUGGCGACCCCGACCCAGGCAGGAGGCCGUGCCCGGGGCGCUCCGCGCCAUGCCCCGCCGCACGGACUCAAUCCUACAGACUCUUACUCAUAUGAAGAAUCCCACUGAAGCUAAAGACAGUACUUGUUGAAGUUGGACUUCUGCAGCUCUCAAUGUGAGGUGUCAGAAAAGCAACAUCUGAAACUUGCUGGGACAAAGAAGACUCAUUUGUUACCUAUCACUAUUUGCUUCUACUGUUACGGAAAGAAGAGCCUCAAAGUGCUGUGAGCAAAGACGAGGAUUUCUCCUCCCAGCUUGGGCCUGUCAUGGAUGAAGAGACUCAGCACAGCCUUGAAUGCAUCCAGGCUAAUCAGAUCUUUCCCAGGAAGCAGCUGAUCCGAGAGGAUGAGAAUCUUCAGGUCCCUUUCCUUGAACUUCAUGGUGAGAGCACAGAGUAUGUGGGACGAGCAGAGGAUGCCAUCAUUGCACUUUCUAAUUACAGACUGCACAUCAAAUUCAAGGAGUCUGUUGUGAAUACUGUCUGUCAAUCUGAUGCUUGUGAAAUCUCAGUUCCAUUACAGCUUAUAGAAAGUGUUGAAUGCCGAGAUAUAUUUCAACUUCAUUUGACUUGCAAAGACUGCAAAGUUAUCAGGUGUCAGUUCUCUACCUUUGAGCAAUGUCAAGAGUGGCUUAAGCGACUGAACAAUGCCAUUCGCCCUCCUUCGAAGAUAGAGGACCUUUUUUCGUUUGCAUACCAUGCUUGGUGUAUGGAGGUGUAUGCCAGUGAAAAAGAACAGCAUGGAGAUUUGUGCCGGCCAGGGGAGCAUGUAACUUCGAGGUUUAAAAAUGAAGUUGAACGGAUGGGUUUUGAUAUGAACAAUGCCUGGAGGAUAUCCAAUAUCAAUGAGAAAUACAAGCUCUGUGGUAGCUACCCACAGGAGCUCAUAGUUCCCGCCUGGAUCACGGACAAGGAGCUUGAGAGUGUGGCAAGCUUUCGGUCCUGGAAGCGUAUUCCGGCUGUAGUGUACAGGCACCAGUGUAAUGGGGCAGUAAUUUCCCGUUGUGGACAGCCCGAGGUCAGCUGGUGGGGCUGGAGAAAUGCAGAUGAUGAACACCUUGUCCAGUCAGUGGCCAAAGCAUGUGCCUCAGACUCUAGGUCAAAAAGCGGCAAAUUAAUGAAUGGAAACUAUUCCAGAGACUUCUCCAAUGGAGGGGACCUCUCUGAUGUGGAAUUUGAUUCCUCAAUUUCUAAUGCUUCAGGAGCAGAAAGUUUGGCCAUCCAGCCUCAGAAGCUUUUGAUCUUGGAUGCACGUUCUUAUGCAGCUGCUGUGGCUAACAGAGCCAAAGGUGGAGGCUGUGAGUGCCCAGAGUAUUAUCCAAAUUGUGAAGUGGUGUUCAUGGGGAUGGCAAACAUCCAUUCUAUCCGGAAGAGCUUUCAGUCGCUGCGCUUGCUCUGCACACAGAUGCCAGACCCAGGAAAUUGGUUAUCAGCACUGGAAAGUACCAAAUGGCUGCAGCACUUGUCUGUGCUUCUGAAAUCUGCACUAUUGGUAGUGCAUGCAGUAGAUAGAGACCAGCGACCAGUCUUGGUGCACUGCUCGGAUGGCUGGGACCGAACCCCACAGAUAGUGGCACUGUCCAAACUGCUGCUUGAUCCAUAUUACAGGACUAUAGAGGGUUUCCAGGUGCUAGUGGAGAUGGAAUGGCUGGAUUUUGGCCACAAGUUUGCAGAUCGCUGUGGCCAUGGUGAGAAUUCGGAUGACCUAAAUGAGCGCUGCCCAGUAUUUUUACAGUGGUUGGACUGCGUCCAUCAGCUCCAGAGGCAGUUCCCUUGCUCUUUCGAGUUUAACGAAGCAUUCCUUGUCAAAUUGGUGCAGCACACCUACUCUUGCCUCUUUGGUACAUUCCUGUGCAACAAUGCGAAGGAGAGAGGAGAAAAACAUACUCAGGAAAGGACAUGUUCUGUCUGGUCUCUGCUGCGAGCAGCAAACAAAGCCUUCAAAAACCUGCUUUACUCCUCCCAGUCAGAAACUGUGCUGUAUCCAGUGUGUCAUGUGCGUAAUUUAAUGCUCUGGAGUGCUGUUUACCUACCAUGUUCUUCCCCCUCCACCCCUGCUGAUGACACCUGUGCCCCUUACCCAGUUCCAGGCUCCAGCCCUGAAGAUCAGUCUCUGGGCAGGCUACCAAAGACGAGAUCGUUUGACAAUCUGACAACGGCCUGCGACAGCAACGUGCCUACAACUAACCGACGUAGUAGUGAUCCCAGCCUCAAUGAAAAGUGGCAAGAGCACCGUAGGUCCCUGGAGCCGAGCAGCCUUGGCAACCCAGGGGAUGAUCCAUUUGAUGGGGACAGCCUGAGCAAACAAGGCAGGGCUCUUGUUGGAGCAGAGCUUUCAGUUGCAGCUGGCGUGGCAGAGGGACAGAUGGAGAACAUUUUGCAGGAGGCCACCAAAGAGGAUGUUGGUCUGGAGGAGCUCUUGAGGGGUACCCUGGAGACAACAGGCAAAGAGGAUGAGGAGGAGCUUAUCCUGGAUAAGGAGAACAGAACUGAAAAUCUUGAUGAGUAUGUUGAUGGCCUCUAUGAAAAGACUGAGAUGGAUACAGAUACUUCAAUAAACAAUCCAGUGUCCAAUCUACAUCCAGUUUCACAAGGUUCUUCUGAGCUUAAAAGACAACAGGAGGAGCCUAUGGAUCUCAGUAACAGUAUCCAGAAGUUACUUCAGGUGAAAGGACUACAAACUAUUCCCUUGGAGAGUACUGUAAAUAGUGACAUUCAGAAGAAUGUGGAGGAAGGUGUUAGUAGACUUCAUAUAGAAGCAGAGAGCCCUCCAUUGCCCAUCACAAUCCAACAUGAGGCAAAAACAUCCAACAUGGAAAGUUCUACCGAAACCUUAACAGAGAAUGGAGCAAAGCAAGAGCUGAUUCAGAAAGGCCCUUGCCACUUACCUCAUCUGAUGGACAACAGUGCUGAAGAACUUUCUCAAACAACUGAAAGCAGACCUGAGGGGGGAAAUAUGAUAGAGCUACACAGACUGGGAACAAAAGUAAACAGGACUUCUAACAGCAGCAACACACACAGCUCAGUGCCUUCCCCUUGUGCCUUGCCUUUAGCUGAAGAUAAAGAUGAGAUUGUGUGUAAUGGGGAGCUGGAGACUGAGAACAAGGUGACAGAGAAACCUGCAGGGUUUAGUAUUACCCCGAAAUACCCUGCAGCAAAUGGACACUGUGUGAAUGGAGAGGAUGAUAGGAUCAAAGCCUCUCUGAGCCGGCAGGUCUCUAUAGCUAGUUGUAGUUCUGCCCAGUUUCACUUGAGGAACUUGCACCAUAAGUGGGUGCAUGACCAUUCUGGGAGGCAACAGACAGUUAGCAGCCCAGACCAACCCACCAGGAACCACUUGGAUGAUGAUGGGAUGCCAGUCUACACUGAUGUUAUCCAGCAGCGCCUGCGUCAGAUUGAAACUGGGCAUCAGCAGGAAGUGGAGAUAUUGAAGAAGCAAGUGCAGGAGUUGAGGAGCCGGUUGGAGAGCCAGUACCUGAAUAGCUCACUACGUUUCAAUGGCGAUUAUGGGGACGAAGUGACUUCAAUACCCGACUCGGAAAGCAAUCUGGAUCAGAACUGCUUGUCUCGCUGCAGCACAGAGAUUUUCUCUGAAGCCAGCUGGGAGCAGGUGGAUAAACAGGACACAGAGGUGACACGAUGGCUUCCAGACCACCUAGCUGCACACUGCUAUGGCUGUGACAGUACAUUCUGGCUUGCCAGCAGGAAGCACCACUGCAGGGACACUGAACGUGUUGAUCAAACCUGGAAUUGUGGGAAUGUGUUUUGCUCCAGUUGUUGUAAUCAGAAGGUGCCAGUUCCUAGUCAACAGCUCUUUGAACCCAGCAGAGUCUGCAAAUCUUGCUACAGCAGCUUGCAUCCCAGUAGUUCCAGCCUUGACCUUGAACUGGAUAAACCCAUCGCUGCCUCUUCAAAUUGAAGCUCCAGCCUAGAAGGAAGGGUAAAAAAGACCGUGCUGACUCUUCUCCUAAACAGACACACUUGGUGGACAGAGGCUGUUACGACUGAAGAAGCCGUGCACUUUGGAGUUUGGGCAUGGAUCACUGCUCAGAGGGACAGAACUCUAGGACGUACCACUGGAUUGUGGAAUUCUUCUUUUCCAGCUAUUCCCCCCUUUCCUUUUUAUCCUGUUGGGGUGUGUGUGUGUGUGUGUAUGUAUAUAUAUAUAUAUGUACGUAUGUAUGUAUGUAUGGGUUUUUUUGGUUUUUCUGGAAGACUGGGGAAGUGGGAAAGGGGCUGGGCCCAGGACCAGGUCUCCCUCAUGCUUCUAGCUGCACCACCAUUGAACUGUGCUGCAGACAGACUUAUCAAUUUUAUGGAGGAAAGGAGAGGAGGGGAAUCAGUCCAGAGACAGCGUGUGGAGUGUGAAUACCUGUAGUGUCAGUGCUAGUGCUUUCAGUCACUCCUGUUACUUCCAAACAAGAAACUGCUGUUUGGGAAACUUUUGCUGCUAGAAAAAAUGAGAAUCUCUUUCCCAAGAGAGGACUCUCCCCCUGUUCUUAGAGUGGGUUUAGUUAGCCUCACUGCAUGAAAGGGGAAUCAGUCACAGAUUACCAUACUCAGCAGCUCUGUAUUUACAUAUGUAAUCCACAGCUUUUAUUGCCGUUAGCCAAGCCGGCUGUGGCUUUGAGUGGAAACAUCUGGACAUCUUUGGUUAAUGAAAGUGUGUGCUUGUUUAAGGGAAGUGAAAGGGAAGGCCAUUGAAUGGCUUCCUGUUCAGGACUGGUUUUUCACUGGUGCUUCUAUGUAAGGUUCUGUAAAUGUAACUCAUCAUAAAGAAAACGGUGUUGGGGAAAUUAGGAGACCUUUAAACUACUACCCUUGUCACAUUUUUUUAGAAUAGUUCAUCCAAAAUGCAGAGCUGGUUCAUUGAUCGGGCACUCACUGUGGUGCAUUCAAACAUAGACUGAAUGUCAUACUGAUGAUCAGACUCACACUUUAAUGAGAGAUCUCAAAGCAACUAUAGAAUGGCUGUGAUAUCUUGCUGAGUAAAAUUUUACUGGCCUGAGGCUGCCAGUCAGUGAAAAUAAGUACACUGAUGCUUGUCAUGUCUGUGGAACAUUUCCUCCUUUUCAUUCCGUGAUCUGUAUACUCUAGACAUGGUAAUCCUGGUCAAGCAUCUAAUCAAGAACCAUAACAAAUCAUGGAUUUCCCCCCUCGUUUGAAAGCAACUUUUAAAACCACCUCAUUAAAUUGUGAGUCUUUUGAAUAUCUGUUUCUUAAUGAGAACAUUUGGUACUCUUACACACCCUUUUCCUUUUGAUACAGUAUGCUUAAUGCAGUUUGGAGAAGGAAGAAAAGUACAUUAUAAUGUAUAAUAUAUUGUCUAGGCUAAGCUGUGACAGCUUCUACUUCUGACAUGCUCAAGUAGAACAAAUUCCCUUGGAAUGUGUAAAAGUUUCUGAGUACAAAGAUGCAAGGAUUUAUAAUGGGUCUUGGGCUGGAGGGGUACUUGCUUUCAGUAGAACAUCAGAAUGACACCGCCUAGAGUGAAUUUCAUAAAGAAAGAAGCAUCUCCAAAUAGCUGGUAGAACCUUAGGGGAAAGACAUGUCAAAGUAUUUUAUUUUUGAUGUCUGAACUUUUCACACUGCUUGUGAAAGGUGCAUACACUGCUGUAGUGUAAGCUGAAGAUUUACAAGAUGAAAAUGAAUGUUCCAAGAUGCUGGUUUAGCAUCGGAGCCCAUGUGCUUAGAGGGCAGGAUGUCUGGUGAAAAUGCUCUUUGGGCUCCUCCCUGGUACAUGUUUUGAAACACUUGGAAAUCAUCAGCAGGGGAAAAGCAAAGAAAAAUCUAGGGUCUCCAAUUCGAGUUUUAUCGAAAAUGAAUUAUUCCUGGGAAAAUGCAGUAAAAAUCCUGACUAGAACUGCUACAGUGGUUAUAGUUCCUGGUACAGCUGAAAAGGUUGGAAUAUAAACCAGGGUAAUAUACAGCUCCUAUCUCUCUGGCUUUUCCUUUGAGGCUAGUGAUUAGAAGCUUGACCUCAGUGGACAUGGUGUAGUUCUACACACUAACAUUGUGUGGUUCUGUGGUGCAGAGUCAGGAAUAAAUCAGAUUCUGCAGUUCCUAAUGACAGAUGCCAAGAGGUUAUGAUACGGGUUUUUUGGGUAUGUGAUAUAUAGUGUGAAUAAAUGCUUGCAGCUCUUAGUCUUUUAUGAUCAAUGAAGCACUUUUUUAUUAAUAUUAUUUUUCUUUGUAUGUAAAGGGGGAACCGAUCUCUCUCCAUAGCUGUAUAUAUAACCCUUCUCUCCUAAGGAGGAGUAAAGUGCUCCUAUAUUUUUCAUUUUUGUCAAAGCAAGAAGUAAAUACUUUAGAAUUGUUAAAUAUAUAAAUAAAGGUGAAUAAAGUUUAGAGUUUUGCAUGGGA